CUCGGCGGCGGUGGUGGCGGUUCCUCGGGCUCCAGAGCUCGCGAGAGCGGAUCCGGAGUCUGACUCGGAGGGUGCAUGGCGUCUCUUACAGGCUUCCCUCAGAUGCUGGAACCCUUGGGAAGCCCCACAUUGCAGAUGAUGUUGGGUGGUGACAUUAUGAAGCUGGAGAAUGGGCAGUCAAAGCUUGGCCUGCCACCUCUUAACCCUGAGCAGCAGGAAGCGUUGCAAAAGACACUGGGUUCCUUUCGAAAAUGGGCAUGCUGGGAACUGUGCGAUUGUCUCGACUCCAAAGAUCAGAUGGCAGCACAGAGACAGCGUGCGCUGGCGAUCAUGUGUCGUGUUUACGUUGGAUCGAUUUACUAUGAGUUGGGGGAAGAUACCAUCCGACAGGCUUUUGCUCCCUUUGGGCCAAUCAAGAGCAUCGACAUGUCAUGGGACUCUGUCACAAUGAAACACAAGGGAUUUGCCUUUGUGGAGUAUGAAGUUCCUGAGGCAGCUCAGCUUGCUCUUGAACAGAUGAACUCAGUGAUGCUGGGAGGCAGAAACAUUAAGGUUGGCAGACCGAGUAACAUAGGACAAGCUCAACCAAUCAUAGACCAGCUUGCAGAGGAAGCCAGGGCGUUUAACAGAAUUUAUGUCGCGUCCGUUCACCCGGAUCUGUCGGAUGAUGACAUUAAAAGUGUGUUCGAGGCCUUUGGAAAGAUUAAAUCCUGCACCUUGGCCCGAGACCCCACAACGGGGAAGCAUAAAGGAUAUGGAUUCAUUGAAUAUGAAAAGGCUCAAUCUUCUCAAGAUGCGGUAUCUUCCAUGAAUCUCUUUGACCUCGGUGGCCAGUUCCUCCGUGUUGGGAAAGCAGUGACUCCCCCGAUGCCUUUGAUGACCCCUGCAGCACCUGGUGGAUUGCCCCCUGCAGCAGCAGUGGCAGCAGCUGCAGCAACAGCAAAGAUCACAGCUCAGGAGGCUGUUGCAGGAGCAGCUGUACUUGGUGUAAGUGGUCUCUCUGCACCAGGUCUGGUCACUCCAGCACUGACCCUUGCACAACCACUCGGAGCAUUGCCACAGGCUGUUAUGGCAGCACAAGCCCCAGGGGUUAUAACAGGUCACUUUAUGCUGCCACCAGGAGCCGCACUGAAGAUUCUCGCGAUGCUCCUGCAGCUUACUGACCUUUUCCUUUCAUUUCAGUCCACAGUCAUGGUCUUACGGAACAUGGUGGGUCCUGAGGACAUUGAUGAUGAUCUGGAAGGUGAAGUGACGGAAGAAUGUGGUAAAUUUGGGGCUGUGAAUCGUGUGAUCAUCUACCAGGAAAAACAGGGCGAGGAGGAAGAUGCUGAGGUGAUUGUCAAAAUCUUUGUCGAGUUCUCCUUGGCUUCGGAGAUGCACAAAGCCAUCCAAGCUUUGAAUGGACGCUGGUUUGGAGGACGGAAAGUUAUUGCGGAGAUAUAUGACCAGGAUCGAUUUGAUAACAGUGACCUAUCUGCAUGAACGCCACUCAUACUCAGUUAACGGAACUCGUAUCAUGUUAUGGGGUCUGGUAUUCAGGAACUUGAACUAACACCUUAUGUCUCAACAUGUGACCUGACCUGGGAACCUUUGGCGAAUGCUGAAGAAUCCAAUGGAUUUCCACUCAUGACGUGAAACAGUGCUGUUUCUGUUAAACUGUUCUAGUGUGCAGUUCCUCCACUCAAUAGCAACUCUUAAUGCGUACAAGUGCAGACUUGUACCAGUGUAGAACAGUCUGAGAGUUCAAAUCUAUGAACUGUCUGGCUGGGGCUCGCAAUUCUUUGUUUAGUCCUGUUUUUGAGAGUGUCAUUGGUUUGUUCAGCUAUUGAUUCCAGUCAGUGUGGGGGGUAGGGUGGGGGAAUAGUUGGGUUGGGUUUGCUGGGGCGAAGUAUGGGGAAGCAUAAUUUUGACAAUUUAGUGUCCCAAUGAAAAUGGAACCUGUGGAUUGUUGCUGGGUUCAUGCAGAUGCUGACUGAUGGUCACUGUGCUGACACUUGUUAAUGUUGAGGUCCAUAAGAGCAAGACUUGAGUUUGUUCCUCUUUGACCAGUUCUAGACAUGGAACAAUCCUAAUUGCUCAGUCCACUCUUCAGAAUGGUUAAACUCUGCAAUUCUUUUUAUUUUUUUCAAUGUGUUUACUGUAUUGUAGAAAAAUUAAGUUCCAUUUCUAUUAAAGAAAUUAAAUGAA